AUGAGGCUGACGCGAGCGGUCGUGCUCGCACGGUCUAAAGCCGCCGCGCUCGACGGUGUCCGCCGCCUAAACUGCUGGGGCAGCCACCUGACCGAUAUAUCAAUAUGCCGGGAUUUGCCCAACAUCGAGGUGAUCACAUUCAGUGUGAAUGGCAUCUCCGACCUCGAGCCAUUGAACCAGUGCCAGAAUCUGAGUGAACUCUACCUGAGGAAGAACAACAUUGCAAGCCUAAAUGAACUCUUCUACCUCAAAAACCUGCCCCGGCUGAGGGUCCUGUGGCUGUCAGAAAAUCCCUGUUGUGGCUCAGACCCCCACCGCUACCGGAUGACGGUGUUGCGUAACCUUCCCAGCCUGCAGAAGCUUGAUAACCAAGCUGUGACAGAGGAAGAACUGGCCCAGGCGCUAGUGGAUGGUGAGGAGAUCACAGCCCCACCUGCUAGGAGGAACGUGGAGAAUGGCUGCCCUGAAUCCAGCACAGCAGAGUCCACAACAGAGACUGAGAGUCAGCUGCUGAACUUCAGUCUGGAGGAGACAAACAAAAUUCGAGAGGAGCUUGGCAUGCAGCCUCUUCCCAGGGAUAAGUUUUCUUCCUUUUCACCUCAAGAGACAGACUGCAACCGAAAGAAGAGAAACAAUGUCCUGAAUGCCAUCCUGCUUCUCAUGAAGGAACUGGACACGGAGGGUCUGGAGAUUGUUCAGCAGACAGUGGGGAGGAGGCUUCAGGCCUCUCGGAAGAAGGAGCUGCAGGAGGACUGACUAUGCCCCUUACAGACCCCCCUCGAGCACCAGCCCAGCCCCAGGGUGCUGCUGUGUCCACACAUGCCUGGCUGCAGCCAAAGCCUCAGUGCUUCCUGCUGUGUUUCUCCUGUGUUGGAGCUGAGACUGGGUGCUGCUGGCUGCCCCUGUAGCUCUGGCAUCAUCCCUCAGCUGUGCCCAUCGUGCUGGAGCUGGCAGCACCUGCCCUGCCGCUCAGGAGCUUUCCUGCUCCUGUAGCAGGUUCCAUUAACCUUUGUAUCUGGUGUGGCUGGGGUGGUUUAGUGGGGACUGCAGGCAAGUCAGUGUAGCAGGAGGGAGCAGGGCUCAGUGAGGGACUCUGCUCUGUGGUCAAAGAGUAUUCCAGAGCCUGCGGGUGGCUAGAAAGGUCACUGCUGCUUGGUGCCUUCCUGCUAGGGCAGCUCUGUGUGGAGCAGACUCUGAAGGCAGUUUCUACCACAAAGACUGGCUUUUGUGAGGUCUCUCAGGGAGAUGCUGCCUGGAACGAUCACUAAGAGCUGUCUGGUGCAGACUGUGAAGGGCAGAUGUCUAAUUUUUAUUUCUCUUCAGCUCCUGACUUCUCCAGGUUCCCAUCAGCAUAUGUAGCAUCUGACUUGGCAGUCAGGCAGCCUGGGGAAGAGCUCAGUGCAGCCUAGGUGAGACUGAAAUUUCCCUCUGACAGAUCCUGCAUGCUCAGCUGUGUUCUUACCCCCACAUGCCCCUGCAGGCAAUAGAGCAGCUUAAAGAGCUGUCAGAGUCAGAAGCCACUGCACUUUCUGCAGUCAGGGAAAGAAAACAAUCCAAGCUUUACUGCCCAGUUUGCACAGGCAGCUGCAUUUACCAAGAUUUGAUAGAGAGCUGUUAAAUGCAAACU